CUCGAUCACAACUACGACGUGAAUCCUCAUGACAUACCCUGCGCCUCAUGAUUUGGGCGAAUGAGCCUGUACAUUCCUUCUGAUUCCUUGGCGAUGAAAUAAAGGCGCUGCGAUAACCUCUUCUUCCUUCUUUCGGCCUCGUAAGCUCUGUCAUCAUGGCGACACCUUCGACAACGCCCGCUCAGCUCGAGCUCAUCAACUCUCUGUCGCAAGAUGAGAUCCCCAUUAAGCUUCGAUGCGCCAUCUGCAGCAGAUUGGCCAUCAACGCCUUCCGACUCCCGUGCUGCGAGCAGGCGAUCUGUGAGACUUGCCAGUCGACUCUCCCUUCGUCGUGUCCCGUCUGCGAACAUACUCCCGUUGCAGCUGAAGACUGCAAAGCAAAUAAGUCAUUACGAACCACCAUCAAAGUCUUCCUCCGAACCGAGGAGAAGAAGCGCGAAGCUAUUCGUCUGAAGGAGGAAAAGAAUACACCUCCCGAUACUCUAGUCUUGCAUGAGCCGACUCUGGUAGAGCAGACUGCUGUCAUCGAAGAGACACCCAUCAAGCAACCCGUCUCGGCUGAAGUCAAAACUGAAGCAGAGCCCUCAGUGGGACCUGCUGACGAGACUCUUCCUAACGCGGAACAAGUUACACAAGCUGAGCAAGAUAUCCCUCAGCAAUCCAUCGAAGAGAUAACACCAGGUCAGGAACCUAUCGCCGAAAACGAUCUGAUCAAUAAAGUAGACGGCGCAGCUGACGCUGGGGAGGGAGGUGAUGCGCAGGCAGAUAUGAAUGGCCAAACAGGGCAGGGCGUAUCUCAGACAACUGGAUUUGGUGCUGGAUUCGGAUUCGACACGAGUGCUGCUGCAGGUGGAUUUCCGGCCAUGGGUUUCGGAGGCGAUAUGAACCAAAUGCAAAUGAUGAUGGCUAUGCAGAAUGGCAUGGGAGCCGGAAACUUUGGAAACUUCCCCAUGAUGGGAAUGCCAGGAAUGAGCAUGGAUCCGAUGAUGAUGCAGAACAUGUUUAUGAACGGUGGAUUUGGAGGUGGCAUGAACGGCAUGAACAUGGGGAUGGGCAUGGGAGGCUUCGAUGGCGGUGUUGGCACAGGCUUCAAUAAUGGAUGGAACGGACAACAAUCAUGGAAUGUCGGACCAGAUAAUUUCAAUCAUCCAAAUGCAGCCAGCAUGGGUCACGGUGAUUAUGGAGCAAAUAACUCUGGAUACGCCUCUCACUCUGCAGGAUAUAAUCAAGGUAAUUAUGGACGCCCAAAUCAGUACAAUGACUACCAAAACAGCUACGGAUACCGAGGUCGGGGUCGAGGAGGUAGAGGCGGAUAUGGUCGUGGCGGCGGCUAUGGGCAUGGUGCCAAUGGUCCCAAUGAAGCUUUCUCACAACAGUACCCGCAGCAUGGCUCAGGUCAGCAGUCGAAUAGUAACAUUCCAACUGGUCCAAAGGCGGAUGUGGCCCCCGAGGCGUCAGGAAAUGUCGAUGAAUUCGGUAGAGAGAUACGUCAGAGGUCUGCAACCAAAGAAGAUUCUCCAUCGAAACCCACUGAAGAUGAGAAUGCGGUCCAGGAACCAGGAACUACUACUGCUGAAGACGGCCAUGAAGCUGAAGCCCCCUCAGCUGCCGUUCCCGAGGAAGCUCCUGCAGCUACAGAAGAGAUCAAUGCGCCAAUGCCAAUCCAAACCCUUGACGAUAUUGCUGAUGCCCCGUAUCAAGGUGAUAACAACGCUGCAUACAACCUUGGAUAUGGUCAGUCCCGAGGAGGAUAUUCCCAAGGUUACCAUGGACGAGGUGGCAGCUCUGUUGCUAUGCAACCUCCCGUUGUGAAGCCUGUUGAUAUUCCCAUCAAUGCACCAACCGGUCCUAAGGCUAUGCGUGAGGGAUUGCCCAAUACAAGUCUUGCUAACCUACGUGGGCGAGGAUACUCGAUGGCUGGUCGACCUAGUUCGAGACCCACCAGCCAGAGUGCGAGUGCAAGUGUCGUCCCUGAGACUUUUGAAAAGGAUGAUAAAGAUUGUGAGAGAAGCAGAUCACCCUCACGAGAACGAGAGGGAGAGCGGUCUCGAUCCAAAUCAAGAGAGAGAAAGAGAAGCAGAAGCAGAAGUAGAGAGAGACAUCACCGCAGACAUAGGCAUCGCUCGGUGUCCGCCUCCGAAGAUGAGAAGGAAACUGAACGACGCAGAGAACGUCGACGAGAACGACGCCGUCGCCGUGAAGAGGAAGAACCCAUUGAUGAUCGCCCUGUGGACGAAAUCGAAGAAGACAAGAGAGAUAUUGUAGACGAGGAACGAUCUCGCUCUGCUUCGCCCUCGGAGUCUAAACGCUCAAGUCACCGAAGCCGCCGAGACAGAGAUAAGUAUCGCGAACGAGACCGCGAGAGCAGCAGAGAACGCAAAUCCUCAUCGACCAAACACCGUUCCCACCGCUCCCGCCACGACGACAGAUCACGAAGCCGAGACCGAGACCGUGAACGAGACCGAGAGAAGGAUCGCGAUCGCGAGCACAGACACCGCCACUCCCGCCACCAUUCUGAGGAAGCCUCCGAGCGAGAACGACCCAAGAUAUCCGACAAGGAAAAGGAACCCCUCAAGACUCCCAUCGAAGAAGCCGACUCCUCGCGCAGACCUUCGGUCAUCUCAAACAGCGCAAACGGCAUCGAAAUCAAAGGCUCCAGCAGACGCAAGCACACUAUCGAAGAGCUCCCUGUCAACAUACCCGCUGGGCCCCGUCAAGACCGUGUGUCAGCUUCCACGUCCAGACUUUAUCGUGACAAAGAACGAGAGAAGGAGAAAGACAGAUCUAGUGGCAACAAACACCACGACUCCUCUCGUUCCUCACGCCACGAGCCUUCUCGCUCCCGCACUCACGAUCACGAAAAAGACACCUCGAAAUCCUCCCAGUUAUCUGUCUCCGCCCCAGCAGCAUCAGCACCCAAAGACAAAGACCCGCACGAAAUUGAGCGCGAAGCCCGUAAUCGUGAAAGAUUACUGAAAGAGGCGCAAAGGAUCGCGGGGCUGGCUGGGAGUAUGGGUGGUGGUGGCAGGAAGAGGAGCAGAGAUGAUGGCGAUGAGGGGAGGAAUUCGAAGGGAAGGAAGAAGGGACGAAGGAGCGGGGCUGUGGUUGAUGGGGAGGAGGAGAGGAUUGCGAGGCUGGAGGCUGAGAGGGAGGGGGCGAGGUGGGCGUGAGUGUGACAAGCCUUACAUUAUCCCCCACUAACAAACACAGCCUCAAUCUCGGUCUUAUGUCAUCUCUCCCCUCUCCACGCCCCCCUCUUUUGUGAGAGCUUGCUUUAUGUGGAAAAAAUUUGUUUGGGAGAGAGAUAUCUUACGGUUGAGGGAAAAGAACAGCCACACAAAAUAAAUCCGUCGUUGAUACAUUGUUCGUUGCUGCAUUAUGGGCAGAGAGGUGGCUUCUUGAUUGAAAAAGCGAGGGAAGAGGAUGGAAACGAAAACUUGUACAUUACUCUACUUCACCUCCCUUACUAUUGAUGGAUGGGAUGGGAUGGGAUAGGUAGACAUAAAUGCAAAUGCAUAAUCAAUUUAUAUCUGUUUCUUGAGCCAGUGUGCUAG